AUGUCGGGGACACUGGAUAGAUUAGCAAGACCUUGCUUUGAGGGGUCAUGUGGUUCUAAUGAAAGUAAAGAAUGGAAAUUGGAUUCUGGAAUCGCGGAGGAUGGAAGGAAGACAAAAAUCGGGACUUUGAAAAAGAAAGCAAUAAAUGCAUCUAGUAAAUUCGGGCACACACUUAAUAAGAAAAGCAGGAGGAAAAGUGACAGUCAAGUUUCUGUUCCAAUAGAGGAUGUUCGGGAUGCUAAGGAGCUGAAGAUAGUUGAUGCUUUUCGACAAGCACUUGUCAAGGAUGACUUGCUUCCUACGAGACAUGAUGAUUAUCAUAUGAUGUUGAGAUUUUUGAAAGCCAGGAACUUUGAUAUAGAGAAAUCAAAGCACAUGUGGGCUGACAUGCUUCAAUGGAGAAAAGACACUGGUGCUGACACCAUCAUGCAGGAUUUUGAGUUUAAUGAGGUGGACGAAGUUCUCCAAUACUAUCCCCAGGGUUAUCAUUCUACAGAUAAGCAGGGAAUGCCCAUUUACAUUGAAAGACUAGGAGAAGUUGAUAUGAACAAGCUUAUGCAAGUGACUACUCAGGAUCGAUUUGUGAAAUACCAUGUCCAAGAGUUUGAAAGGACUCUUACCAUAAAGUUUCCUGCCUGCUCUAUUGCUGCUAAAAGACACCUAGAUUCAAGUACAACAAUUUUAGAUGUUCAAGGAGUGAGCUUGAAGAAUCUGACUAAAACUGCAAGAGAAGUCAUUAUGACACUUCAGAAAAUUGAUAAUGACAACUAUCCUGAGACACUAGGCCGGAUGUUUAUCAUAAAUGCUGGAUCAGGAUUUCGGCUUCUCUGGAAUGUAGUGAAGACUUUUCUUGACCAUAAAACAACUUCCAAAAUUCACGUUCUUGGGGACAAAUAUCAUAGCAAAUUGCUUGAAAUAAUUGAUGCAAGUGAGUUGCCAGAAUUUUUAGGCGGUAGUUGUAUCUGUGCUGAUGAAGGGGGUUGUCUGAGGUCCAAUAAAGGGCCGUGGAAAGACCAAAAUAUUUUAAAGAUGCUUUUUAACAGUAAAGCACAAUGGUCUGGGCAGACAGUAACAAUAUCCACGAGUGAUGAGGCUCAGGAGAGAGAAAUAGCAGAUACUGAGCCGUCUAUUCCAGUGAUAAAAUGCAGUGACACAUCUACCGCUGCAUCAGGAUCUGAAGCUGAAGAAAUUACGUCUCCCAUAUCAACAAAGAGCUAUUCAGAUCCAAGGUUCGCUCCUGUCCGUGAAGAAGUAAUUGGAAUGGAAAAUAAAGCUGGUGGCUUCUCUGAGUGGGAGGAAUACAUGCCCAUGGGAGACAAGGCUCUGGAUGCAGGAUGGAAGGAACAAGUCUCCCACCAGAAGCCCAAUGCUACAAAAGGAGCAUUUUUCUUGUCAAGUGCACGAAUGUGGACAGAAGGAAUUCAUGCUCACCUUUGGGCCCAAUUUGUGGCCUUUUUCAUUGCUCUUUUCACUCUCAUCAGUUUAGGAUACUUGUGGACCAAGAAACUUGUGGACUUAGUGUCUGUUACAGCCUCAAAACUUUCCGGCCUAGCAGUUAAACUCGUCAUUAAAGAGGAAUUCUAUCCCCAUUCUCCAACUCCAGGUUUCACUGAGGCAGACUUCCACUCAUCUGUUCUGCAAAAGCUGGGUGAGCUCGAGGGCAAGGUAGACAUUUUACAGGAAAAGUCAUUCAAAAUGCCUAAUGAGAAAGAGGAACUGCUCAAUGCAGCUAUCUGUCGCAUGGAAGCAUUAGAAGCAGAGUUGAUCGCUACAAAGAAGGCUUUGCAUGAAGCUUUAGUAAGGCAAGAAGAAGUUCUUGCAUACAUAGAUGAGCAAGAAGUAUCAAAGUUUCGUGAGGAUCCAGUUGCCGUUGGAGCAUGCAAGCCUUUCAACUAUACGAUUGUUGGAAUAACACCAGGUAAGAUACGGAAAGCUAAGAAACACAGUUGCGUUCUUCUAUGCAAGAAGAAGACUUAUAAAGAACAAAGAAGUUUGGAUCCGAAAAAGGUAUGCUUAGGAAGUUCUUUCAUUGAGCACUACAGAAUGAAGAGGAAUUUGUAUCAUUUAGGGUUUCUCAAGGAAGUACGAGAAGAGAAUCGAUGUCUUUUUCGCAUAAACCCCGUCAUUUUCAAUGCAAAAGCAAGAGAUAGAGGGACAGAGAUGACCGGGUAG